AUGACAGGUAGUCAGGUAGGCAAGGAAGCAGGGAAGGCACAGCCUACGACAGCCUUCUCCAGCCUCCACCAGCCUCCAAAGACCACCAGUAUCCUUCACAAUCCUCAUCCAUCCUUUAUAAGCUUUCAAAAUCCUCCACCAGCCUUGCAAAAUCUAGUACAACAGCCUCCACUACCCUCCGCUAGCAUCCAUUGGACUUCACCAGCUUCCACUAACCAUUACCUACAAUCAAGGUCUUCCAACGGUCUUCAUCAGCCUCUAAAACCCUCCAUUAGACUCCAUCAACCUCCAUCAACCUCUAAAACUAUUCAAUGGUCUCCCAUAGCCUCCCCUAGCCUCCCAGUCUCCACUAGUCUCCUCAAGCCUCCACUAACCUCCCACAGCCUCCAAAAGCCUCCCACAGCCUACACUACCAACCUCUCGAAGCCUUCACAAGCAUCUCCUAAAUUCAGCAAGCCUCUCUCCGUCUCUCAGCCUUCAAAACCUCCCACAAGUUACCAGCCUUCCCACCCUCACUAG